CGCACUUGUGUGUGCCGCGGUUAUUUCUCCUUGGUCCCUGCAAGGACGCGGCUGCUCCGGAACAGAAGGGCGCGAGCAUGUCUUCUGCCUUGGCGAAACCCCAGAUGCGGGGCCUGCUGGCCAAGCGCCUGCGCUUCCACAUCAUCACCGCCUUCUUCGUGGCCAUGGGGGCCGCGUCCUUCUACAAGUUUGGCGUGGCUGAACGAAGAAAGAAGGCAUACGCAGAUUUCUACAGAAAUUACGAUUCCAUGAAAGAUUUUGAGGAAAUGAGGAAGGCUGGUAUCUUUCAGAGUGCAAAGUGACUUUGGAACUGAAAGAAUCGUCUGUUGACUUCUAUGGAAGCUUGUCACAGGCCUGUUUUCCCUGACUAUGAAACAUGACUAUUUAAGCUAAAGGUAGCUUCUCUUGGUCAAUAAAGAAUUACCAAAUGCCAUAUAA